AUGAGCAUUGAAUAUUGCAGACAGAUUGCUCAACCAGAAACCAUAAAAAUUUUGGAAAAAUUCGUGGCGGCUAUUAAGAGUGUGUCAGAUUCGAAAAAAAUGGAUUUAACAUUUAUUUAUGAUUGUAAAGCAGGAGGAGAUGAUUUGGAAAAGUUAAAACAUGUAAUGAAUGAUGUAAAACAUGAAAUUAAAAAAAUUCCAGACAUGCAAGAGGAAUUGGCAAAAGGUAACACAAUCCUUUUAAUCACCAACAGCAGUGGAUACCAAGUACUUGAAGCAUUUUACGAAAAUGUUACAAUUUUAUCUUUGCCUUAUAUGGUAGAUCAAUUUUAUGUUGCUGAAGCCUUGAAAAUACCUCAUGAAAUAGAAAUCGAGAAUUCCGCUGAUGGUGAAAAGCCAAUUAGCGGAGGAGAUCACAAACAUGGGCAGAAAAUGGACGGAAAUGGACGAAGCAAAUCCCCUGUUCGUGGAAGGUCCCCUGCUCAAUCAGGAAAUGAACGAAGCAAAUCCCCUGCUCGAGGAAGGUCCCCUGCUCAAUCAGGAAAUGAACGAAGCAAAUCCCCUGCUCGAGGAAGGUCCCCUGCUCAAUCAGGAAAUGAACGAAGCAAAUCCCCUGCUCGAGGAAGGUCCCCUGCUCGAGGAAGGUCCCCCGCUAAAGGCAGUUCUCAUGCUAGACCUUCAAGUUUGGACAAACAUGGCGAGAAUCAACACUUAGUUGCUAAACAAGAAGUUGUUAGACUUGCUCCAACAUUAAGCUUCAAAAUGAGACUAUUGAAGACGUUGGAGAUAUUAAAGCGGUAUUGGAAGAGUUGUUGGAUAACGAGUAAUUAA